AUGGCAGUUAGUUGUCUCCGAGGAAGUGUUUUACUUCAACAUUUCGAGUUAUUGUUCUCAACGAUGGUAUUGAGGUUCCAAGAAAAUGGAGUAGAUCAUACCUCUGUCACUCUACUAGGGAUAAAUGUAGAUCUUGGAUAUGAGCAUGAAUGUUAUCAAUCGAAGAUUCCAUCAGUUGAUAUUUGGUCGUGUGCUGAAGAACACAAUAUGGAUUCAACGCAUUUUUUUUCGUGGUUAGAUUCAACUUGUGCAACAUUAAGAGAGGAGAUUGGUGAAAAGAAAAGAAUUGCUAUUUGUUUGGACAACGCAACAUGGCACAACAAACUCACAGAAGAAUCAAUCAUUCCAAAGCGUUCUUCAACAAAAGGAGAAAUUCAAAAGUGGCUUCGAGAUCGAAAAAUUCAAUUUCCAGAAAAAUUUGUUAAAGCUCAAUUGUUACAGCUUUUUGUACGUGAUCAAAAUACAACAUUUCGUCAAGAUGAUGUAAAACAAUUGAUUGAACAGUUUAUGGAUGAUAAACUUGCAAGUUCAUAUUUUCAUCAUGUUUAUAAAGUCGAAGAGAUGUAUAAAACAGCAGAUGAAAUAAUGGAAGAAGAAAUCGAACCACAUUUACAAUCGGAUAAUGAAGAAACAGGUUCUGAUGAUGAUGAAGAAAAUGUGGAGCAAUAG